UUUCUCAACACAAACUAAAUAGUUAAAUUGUGUAUUAGAAACUACUCGUUUGUAGCACACCAAUACAAUUACAAUUUCUUCUCAAUCAAGCCUUCCUUCGAGUUGAGGUACUGUUUCCAUAGAAACAAAAUAUACAAGUGUUUACGGGUGGAGUGUACGGAUAACACGAAAUCCAUCUGAUUGGCUGGCUAUAAAUAAGGUCUGGGUGUUCGCUAGGUCAUCCGGAAAUAUGGCAAGAAAUCAGGAAAAGAUCAGAGAAACAUGGUCAAAAUUUGCUAGUCAGGAAAAAAUUAGGAAUUUUAUAGGUUGUAAGGGUUUCCCGAAGUCAUGUGACAACAAAAUUCGACCUGUGGAGCGUUUGGUAUAAAUUUUUAUCUGUCUUCGUACUUUUAUCUCGUUCUCAGGCUUUUUGUCUCACAUGGACGCUUUCUCUUCGCGUCUGUCAAUAAGCGCAGUACGCAUAAAAUACAAAAAGUCCUGGCGACGAGAUUGUACUUUAGUAUUUUUUAUUUUUUUUAUUUUUUUAUUUUAUGGUUAUUCUUACAUUUGUAUGUAAGAUACUGACGUGUACUUGUGUUGAUGGAAUAAAUCAGUACGCAUAAAAGAAAGUAAAGAAAAAGAAAGUAUUUUCUAAUGUUUUUAAUCAUUUUGUCGUUAUUCUAACAUUUUUAUGUAAGAUGCUGGUGUUAAUGGAUGGAAUAAAUUAGUGAUAAAUUAAACCCUUAAAUUGUGACGUCAUAGAUACACCACCACCUACGUCUAACUUCAUUUUCAUAUGUAGCAACUGGUCUGUGGUUGAGAACAAUAUGCUUCGCCAAUUAUGUCGCAUAAAAUAAAACGAUAAAUCUCAUCGUGUUACGCCAAUUCAAUAUUGUAAUUAUUUUCCCGCCAAAAUGGUAAUGAACCAAUGGGAAAUGAUUUUGAAAGAGAAUUAGCAAUUUAUACCAUGAUUAGUCUGUUUUAUUACCUCUUUUUAAUUAAGCCUAAUUUGCAACACAUCUGUUUUCUCGAUUAUCAGUUCUGAAUGUCGUUUGGUUAUAUGUAGUAUUUUAUCAGGUUACAAACACAACAUGGCGGCAAGGAAUGGAAACAAUGCAUUAUGAACCUAGAAGGAAGUCACGGUGGCGGACAAUUAGUAAUCAACACCACAAAAACUGCUGAAACAGCAAAUAUUUACGAGAGUGACACUCUCAAAAUUUGUCGUAAAAAGCCAAAUCAUUAUGAAAAGAUUUGCGUAAAACCUGUUGUUAAAUCUACAGAUAAGAAAAGCGACCACAUUGGAAAUCUGGGAGAGGAGACAUGUUUUUUUGUUCUCGCAAGCCCACCAGGAACACCUGUUGCAACAACUUCAGGUAUACCGUCAUAUGACAACAACUUGCAAGGUUGCUUUCCAAACAAAUACUCUACGCCGUAUCAUUCAUAUGAUACAAUCGGACCAGAUGUGUUCACACGCGUUCAUAUACCUAAAGAAACAUCUCUUUCAUCAGGUGUUGCAUCAGGUGAGUCCAGCGACACAUCGGUAGAUAUUCCAAAUACUUGCAAAAGUGCUAAAUCGCACCGAAUCUUGGUUGACGAUUGCGACCACGAUUAUUCAGGCAGUGCAUCUCCGUUAGCAGGAACGAACGUGCAAGUUAAUGUUCGUACAAAAGACUUUGAAAGCUUCGAUGAUUUCUGCAACGACUUCACGAAAUCAAACAAACAAUUUCGUACUCAAUCGACACAAACAGAUCAUACAAUAUCAUGCCCAUGCCCUUGUUCUGGAGCAAGACAGAGGCAUGAUUACGGAAACCCGAAAACGCUUCGUCCAAAUUUUUCAGUCAAGUCUCAACUGAUUUUAAACUCGCCAUUGGAAAUGUCAUCAAGACGAGAUUCUGGUUACUCGUCACAAAGCUAUACACCGGUGUCGCCUCGACAUAUGGAUUUUAGUUUGUCGUCUAUAAGUGAGAAUGACAAAACCGCUAGUGAGAAAUUCAAUGCUGUUGACGUCAUUGUUAAUGGUAAUAGCAAGCCGUUAAAACAACAAUACGAUGAAGCCAAAGAAAGUUACUUAGCAAGUAUUAAAAAAACUCAUGUUGAUUUUGGUAAAGAACUUUUUUUGAUAGAAUUGAAAAAACUACUUUUACGAACGGAAUUAAGUUCCUUAUCUCCAUGUGGCGCGAACGACAAAACGUGGCAACCUAUUUCACCCAAGGUGAAACCAUUACGCAGUGUGUUAAGAAAUGGCGGCGUAAAUGUUUUGGAAAUACGCGAUUCGAAUGUUCUGAGAGCAAGAAAAAACAAUUCACCGGUCAGCGGUAAAGAAGUUGUUGAUAUCAUUUUACAGGUUCGGCAAUGUUUACAUAUUGUUCAGAAAUUAAAACAAGGACCAGAAAAAAAUAAAAUCAAAAUAUAUCAAAAAGUUAAAUUAAAAUCAUAUCAGUCAACUCUAAACAAAGACCUUUCAAACAAUUUGCAGACCAGAAAGAGACCAAGUCUGGACAAAUUUCAGGACUUUCGGAAGGAAAAAAAUUCUUUAACCGAAGCUGACACGAACUGUUUUCCAUGUAAUCGCAAGCAAAAGAGCAAACAAACUGUCCCGCACAACGCGCCCAGCCUGUUAAAUACAUCUGCUAAAAAAGGUGAUAUCAAAAAGAUUUUAGAAUUAAUGCAAGCCAACCAGAUGGACGUAAAUCAGAAAGAUUCGAGCGGCUGGCCCGCUAUACAUCAUGCUUUCAAAAACAAACACUAUCGUACCGCUUUCCUGCUACUGGAAGCCGGUGCAAAUAUGAAAGAAUAUACUAAUCAGAGAAUAAAAGAAUAUAAAACAACCCUAGAAAUUGUAAAUAAAAAUAAGGUAUUGUUGAAAUCCUAAGUUAAAAAUAAUUUAUUUUCAACCAUCAUAUGUCAUACUAUUUACAUUAAUAUAACAUUCAAAAAAAAAUUUUUUUACGUA